CUCUACACGCAAUGCCUCAUCACCUCACUUCAACUUGUCUUCUUCUCUUCAUAUAAAAUCCCGAUCCCACUUCCAUCAUUUGAAACCUAACCACCAAACCUGACGAUGAAGAAGCCAUUCAUCCCAAAACUCUUGGAGUCCCCCACGCCUCACACUUUCUCUGACCCUUUCAAAGAGCUCAUUUCCAUUUCCAAGAUUGCUCUGCCCAUCAUCCUCACCGGUCUCCUCCUCUACUGCCGUUCCAUGAUCUCCAUGCUCUUGCUCGGCCGCCUCGGCGAGCUCAGCCUGGCCGGCGGCUCCCUCGCCCUCGGCUUCGCCAACAUUACCGGCUACUCCAUCCUCUCCGGUCUCGCCGUCGGCAUGGAACCUAUCUGCGGUCAGGCCUUCGGUGCCAAGAAAUUCAUCCUCCUCGGCCUCUGCUUGCAGAGAACCAUUCUUCUCCUGCUCUUUACCUCCAUCCCCAUCUCUCUGCUUUGGAUCUACAUGAAGCAAAUUCUGCUCUUGUGUGGCCAGGAUGAAGCCAUAGCCGCGCGAGCCCAGUCCUAUCUUCUUUAUUCCAUUCCUGAUCUUUUAGCUCAGUCUCUCUUGCACCCCUUGCGUAUCUACCUCCGAACGCAAUCCAUUACUUUGCCUCUCACCCUCUGUUCUGCUCUCGCCAUUCUUCUUCACAUACCCAUCAAUUUUUUCCUCGUUUCUUACCUUGGUCUGGGAAUAAAGGGCGUGGCUUUGAGUGCGGUUUGGACCAAUUUCAACCUCGUAGCUUCUUUGAUUUUGUACAUAGUUGUCUCGGGAACUCACAAGAAAACCUGGGGCGGUUUCUCUUUCGAGUGUUUCACACAGUGGAAGUCGCUCAUCGAGCUGGCGAUUCCAAGUUGCGUCUCUGUUUGCCUCGAAUGGUGGUGGUACGAGAUUAUGAUCUUGCUCUGUGGACUUCUCGUGAAUCCUAAAGCCACCGUUGCUUCCAUGGGAAUUUUGAUCCAAACAACUUCUCUUCUCUACAUUUUCCCGUCUUCCAUAAGCUUCAGUGUAUCCACCAGAGUCAGCAACAACCUCGGCGCUCAGAAUCCCUCAAAGGCGAAGCUCUCUGCCAUUGUAGGCCUGUCUUGCAGCUUUGUCUUGGGGCUCUCGGCUCUUUUGUUCUCUUUGAUGGUAAGGAACGUUUGGGCUAGCAUGUUCACGAGCGACAGAGAAAUUAUAAGCUUGACGGCGAUGGUUUUGCCGAUCAUAGGACUGUGUGAGCUGGGAAAUUGCCCACAAACAACAGGUGGGGUACUGAGGGGCACUGCGAGGCCAAAAGUAGGAGCGAACAUAAACUUGGGAAGCUUUUAUCUGGUAGGAAUGCCAGUGGCGAUAUGGCUGGCUUUCUUUACUGGGUUUGAUUUUGAAGGUUUAUGGCUUGGGCUGUUGGGGGCUCAGGGAGCUUGUGCAGUGACCAUGUUGGUGGUUCUGAGUCGAAUGGAUUGGGAUUAUGAGGCCCAGAGAGCUCAGUUAUUAACAGAAACAGGGGAAGCAGAUGAUGGAACAGAGGAGGAGGCAGAGACACACAAGAUCAUAAUUGGAUGAUCAAGAGGAAUGGAAAUAGUCGUGGGUUUAAUUCUUAUUUUGUUAUUAUCAUAAUUUUAUUCUUGAUCCAAUCAAACUCUUCAGAAAUUCCUUUUCUUAUGCUCAUUGCUUAAAAAAAUUCCUUAAAUAUGUUGCAAAGAAAGGAUUAAUGUACCAUUUGAAUUUUCAAUUAUAAGUUUAAGUGUAAUUUGAACUUUA